ACACACUCUCAUCACACCAACAUCUUCACUUCCUCUCUUCUCUCUUUCUUUCUAGGUUACUUUCUCUUGCAAAGAGAAAUGGCAAAAACCCUUGCAAUGUUGCUUCUCUUUCUUCAACUAACCUCUUUCAUUGCAUUUGCUGAACACCUUGAAACUCUUCCACCAACUUACCCUCCUCAUCACUCACCUUCUCCACUUCACCCACCAACUAAAUCACCACCUCAUCCACCGUCUAACGCCCCUCACCACCAUCACCACCACCACAAUCACACACCAUCCCCUGCUCCUUCCCCUGUUUCUCACACUCCUACUCCUUCACACCCUCCUUACCAUUCUACCCCUGUUCCUGCUAAACCACCAACUGGUCACCACCACCACCAUCACCACCCACCUGCUCCUGCUCCUGUUCACACUCCUGCUGUUCCAACACAUCCACCUGUGCAUCCCCCUGUUCCAGCUCACUCACCUCUGCACCCCCCUGUUCCAGCUCACUCACCUCUGCAUCCCCCUGUUCCAGCUCACCCACCAUUGCAUCCUAGUCCUAUUCCUAGAAGCUUUAUAGCUGUUCAAGGUGUUGUUUAUGUCAAAUCUUGCAAGUAUGCUGGUGUUGAUACUCUCUUGGGAGCUACAUCUCUUCUUGGUGCCAUUGUAAAGCUACAAUGUAACAACACAAAGUACAAGUUGGUUCAAACACAUGAGACUGAUAAGAAUGGUUAUUUCUUCAUUGAAGGCCCAAAGAGUAUCACAAGCUAUGCAGCUCAUAAGUGUAAUGUUGUUUUGGUUAGUGCACCAAAUGGGCUUAAGCCUUCAAAUCUUCAUGGUGGGCUUACUGGUGCUGGUCUUAGGCCCGGGAAACCUUAUGUGUCUAAGGGUCUUCCUUUCAUUGUCUACACCGUUGGGCCUCUUGCAUUUGAGCCCAAAUGUCCUCGUUAAUUAAGAUAAUUAUUAGAAUAUGGAAAAAUUAAUUUCUGAGUUUAUUUAUAAAUUAGAUUGUUGUGUUUUAGUGUUAGGGGUUGGUUUUAUCUUGUGUUAAAAUAUGGUACUUUUGAGCUUGAAUUAUCACUGCAUAAUAAAAAGUGAUGUUAUGUGUGUGUGAUUUAUGAUUCUUGUAAGAAUUAUUAUGAAAUAUUAAUUAAAGAAAUGAUGUUUAUCGCUUUUGUUUAA